GGAAGAGUGAGAGCAACGCAAAUUCAUAUUACAAAUCAUACAUAGAAUGACAGGAAUGCAAGAUCCACUGUUUGAUGAUCCAUAUGGGCCUAUUUCGUUGACUUUCGCCGCAUAACAACCAGUUUUGGAGAGAGAAAAUCAUAAAAGAAGAUCAAAACCCAGAAUUUUCCCUCCUCCCUUUUCAUUUUCUGAAUGAAUUAUUCACAAAUUACUGCCCAUUCAAUUCCAGUUUUGUUAGCUUUUGGGACGAUGAAUUAAAUAUGGCAUUUGGGUUAAGGUAAAUUGUUCUUACUUCCCUAAUAUUAGCUUCCCUCUUCUUUUUUUUUUUUGCUUUUUGACAAAAAUCUGUUUAUGAAGGUCCAUUAAAAGGUUCAAUUAUUGAUUUUGAUAUUGGGUAUAUAAUUGAACUUUUGCUUGUUAGAUUGGGGUUUCCAAAUUCAAUUCUCCCCAUCCCAAUCCAGAAAGUUUGACCACUCUCUCAUUUCCAAAAAUUACUUACUCUUAGGGGCAGUUUCGUAAAAGUCAUAACAAUUAUUUUUUCAAUAGGUCGUGUUUAACAACUAGCGGUUAGCUGUUUUGAUUGGUUCGACUAUUGCAUAACCUGGAUAGAGCGGAUAUACCGUCAAAAAAGUCUUUACCACUCUCGGGGUGAACAAACGAUCUACCUUGAAAUUCUACGAUCUAAAGUACCCCGUAAUUUAAAACCAUUCAUUUUACCAAAAUACCUUUAAGUGUAAGUUAGCUGUUUUGAUUGGUUCGACUAUUGCAUAUCCCGAAUAGAGGGAUAAUACCGUCAAAAAAGUCUUGAUCACUCUCGGGGUGAACAAACGAUCCACCUUGAAAUUCUUCGAUCUAAAGUACUCCGAUACUUAACACCACUGAUUUUACCAAAAUACCCUUAAGUGUAAGUUAGUUGUAUUGAUUGGUUCGACUAUUGCAUAUCCCAAAUAGAGGGAUAAUACCGUCAAAAAAGUCUUGAUCACUCUCGAGGCUAACAAACAAUCCACCUUGAAAUUCUUCGAUCUAAACUCUAAAGUACUCCGUAAUUAAAACCAUUGAUUUUACCAAAAUACCCUCAAGCGUAAAUCAUUUUGUAGCGUCUACAAAAGAUUUUAUCAUCCUCUCUUGUCAAUUCGAAAACAAAGAAUUAGGAAGAUUCAGAUUAGAAGAUUUAUACUACUAAUAAAUACAGGUCCCAAUCUGAUCAUCUCUUGAAAUAUGAUGUUUUGGAUGCGAGUACAAUGACGACAUCCUGUGAACACUCUUACAUCUAUUUUGGCUGAAUUCAGACCAUUUCAAAUCUAAAUUUAGGAUUUCCUCGUUUCCUCCUCCCAAUUCAAACACCCAAAAAAAAAAAAAAAUGUUGUCUAAGACAAUAUGCAGCUACAUUUCCUUCCCAUUUGAUCAAUUCCUUACAACUUCAUUAACCCAUAAUUGCGAUUACAUAACCCAAAACCUUACCAUAAACACCUUAUUAAAGUACAAAAUCGCAGCAAUAAUCGCGAUUUUAACAGCAAGUGCAGUUGGUGUUACAUUCCCAAUAGUAGGGAAGAAUUUCCCAAUCUUACACCCAGAAAGCAAAUUGUUCUUCUUAAUUAAAGCAUUUGCAGCAGGGGUAAUUCUGUCAACUGGGUUUAUCCAUAUAUUACCUGAUGCAUUUGAAGACCUUAAUAAUCCUAUUCUUGAAGAUACCCCUUGGGGGAAGUUCCCAUUUUCUGGACUUGCUGCCAUGGUUGGGGCACUUGGGUCUUUGAUGAUUGAUGCUAUUGCAACUGGGCAUUAUCGUAGGGCCCACUUUGGUGAGAAUUCUGGAUUGGUUGUUGGUGUUGUUGAUGAAGAAACGAGUGAUGAACAUGCUGGUCAUGUUCAUCUUCAUACUCAUGCUACACAUGGACAUGCUCAUGGACCUGGUCAGAUGGAGGGUAGUUUGGGUGAUUUGAGUGAUUUUGAUCGUAUCAGAUAUAAGAUUACUUCUCAGGUGUUGGAGAUGGGGAUUGUGGUUCACUCAAUAAUUAUUGGCAUAUCAUUAGGUACAUCUCAGAGCCUCGACACGAUCAAGCCACUUAUAGUAGCACUGUGUUUUCAUCAGUUCUUCGAAGGAAUUGGACUUGGUGGAUGCAUUGCUCAGGCAGCUUUCAAAUCUGGGUCUACAUGGUGUAUGGCUUUGUUCUUCUCUCUUACAACUCCAGUAGGAAUAGCAAUUGGUAUAGCAAUCACAAAUGUUUACGAUGAAAGUAGUCCAGCUGCUUUAGUAGUUCAAGGAUUGUUGAAUUCAGUCGCGGCUGGAAUAUUGAUUUAUAUGGCACUUGUUGAUCUUCUAGCUCAAGAUUUCAUGAACUCAAAGGUGCAGACAAAUACUAAGCUUUUCUUUGGGGCUAAUGUAACCUUACUUCUUGGUGCUGGUAUCAUGGCCCUUUUGGCUAUAUGGGCUUAAUUUUAGCCUUACAUUACAGUUACAGAUAGUUUAAUUAAGUUAAGCACUUUGCUAUAAGUAGUUGUAUUUAUUGAUUGUUCAUCUCUUUCUCUAAUCUCCCCUUCUAUUUUCAUUGGGGUUGAUAGUAAUUCAGCAUUACCAAACGGCAUAAUUUUUGCUGCAAGU